UUCAUUGACGUACGGGACGGUCCAUGCCCAGGAUGUUCAGCUCAGUUCUAAACGAACUCCUAACGGUACCGGGUUUCAUGUCAUAGUUGAUUCGUGCCGUACAAACCUUUAUCAGUUAUAACAUUAUUCGUUAAUAAAAUUAACAAUGCAUAAUAAUAAAUACAACGAAAUUAAAAAUCCGCACAAUAGUAGAGUGGCUUCACAUUUAAAGUGGCUUCGUAAAUUAUGAGGAGAAAGGAAGAACUUGAAGAAGCCCAGUGCUGGUUUUUCAUCUUUACCGGGAAACCGGAGAUUUUCGCUUGUAUCUUCAGGUUGCUCUUUGGCACAGCCAAAUCCCAUUCCGACACAAAAAUGCCUGUGAUCAGAUGACGUGGACUCCACCCUCUUUCUUCUCUAAAAGAAAUCAUUUGAUUUUUUAGUCAAAUAUCGUUUGAAAUUCUUCAAAGGAAGAAGGUUGGAGCUUAAUCCCAGAAGAGGUAAUAACUUGAAUUUUUCCCUGGUUGAAGGACACCUGCAGAAACAUGGCUAGACCACAGUUGACGGAACGAAAUAUUCCCCAUCUGAGAGACAUUUUUGGAUUUGGGAGUAAAUGGGAUAAUGGUCAAAUUCAAGGGGAGGAACUAGAUAAUGCGAUUUCAGUGGUAUCUACUUCUGGAGAGGAUAAGAGCCCCAAAAAUAGUAAAAAGAAGAAAUCCAAGCGACGUGAUAACAGUAAAACUCUGACGGAAACAGAUGUCAAGCAUUUAGAGCGGCAUUUAUCCAUGAAGAAGACUAUUCGCAAGAAGAUUAUGCGGGAUCUUCAACAGGCUUUUGUGGAGGAUCCGAACGAAUUUCUUGUAGACGACAUUCCACCAGAACAGCUUAAAGCAGAAAUAAAUAUUCAAAGUCUAAGCUUUGGCACACCCUCGCAAAAACAAGGACGCACGCGAGGAAAUGCUGAGAGCACCUUUCUUGACAUGCUACGAUCUGGUGGUGGACUGGAGACGAAUGGGGUGGAUGACAGAGAUUUAGGAUCCAGUUCUCCGAAGAGGGAAGCCCAACAUGCUCAGGAUACAGACGAGGAAUCUAGUUACAAUUGCGAUUCAACUAUAGAGACGCCCACAAAAAAAAGCGGCAAUUUCUGGAGGCGCUUCACCAUGAAGAGUCGAACCAAGCGAUGAACUGCGAAAUCAGUGAAAAAAGAGACACAGUGAAAGUAGCAGUCGCAGGCUAGCUACUUUUUUAUCGACACUAAAAACAUAGCUUUGAGCAGACUUUACGACUGUGAUAUAUAACAUUUUAAAAAUAAUUUCUCUGCUCAAGAACCUUUCAUACUCUACGUAAAAGGAGUUUCCACAAAUAAGAGCGGAAAAAUUUAAAAUGUAUAUUCUGACAGUUAGGUUCUUGAAUUACGUUUAAUUAAAUUACGCAAGAAAAUCAAAUUGUCUUUCGAUAAUCAGUAUAUAUCGAAGGUAUUAAAUAAAAAAGUAUUCUUCUGUCAUACUUAUAAUUUACUCAGUAUUUGUAAUAAUAUAACAUUAGUUUUAGAAAUGAUGAGAAAUGAAAUUAAAAUGUUCAAAAUUUAUACAAAACUUGUAACGAACGUAUACCAAACAUAAUUUUAAAGAAAAGUUUGAAUAUCUAAUAUCUACAUCUCUUUCUACAAAAAUACAAAAAUUAGAAAAGAAUGCGAGAACAGAUCUCAAUUUAACACAACAAUAUCAUAAAACUUUGUGAACAAUAACAUAUCAAGUACAACAGGAAUAUUAUGUAACACGACAAUACCUAGUCAGUGAUUUUAGUCGCGCAAAUAAUCUUACUGUAUCAGCUAUCUGUAUGGAAUUUUUCUACAAUGCACAUUCGAUGUUCCAUUUUUUGAAAAUACACCAAACUCUCGUUUUCAGUCACCCCGUUCUCGUUCUUCCUAGAAUUGCUCGCUUCAGCAGUUUCUCAGGGGAGCAGGCCGAGAGUGAUUGCUACAUUAUAUACAGGGUGGACACGCUGGGGCUUACCAAAAGUACGCAACCCGUCUUACACGUAAAUGCUAUUCUUAUGGGAGUGUAUGCGGAGUUGCAUUCAUUUUCGUAAGCCCCAGCGUGUCCAUCCUGUACAUAGAUAUAUAGUCUAUUCGAAAACGAGUCAAGCGGCCCUCACUGUUUACGUUUCGACCUCCCCGAAAUCAGUCUAAGACUACACUACUGAAAGUUGCUAAAUAGUUUCCUAUAUAUGUUCCUACAUAGGAUUCUAUAUAGGAUCCUACAUAGAAUCCUACAUAGAAUCCUAUAUAGGUUCCUGUAUAGGAUCCUGUGUAGGAUCCUGUAUAUGUUUCUGCAUGGGACCAUAUCCGGAUACGCAGUACCAGGUGGGCACAAAGUUUGGCGACGUCUUUACGACAUCAUUACGACAUCUUUACGACAACCUUA